CGGUAUGUGCGUUUCAUCCGAUGUGUCAUGUGCGUCUCACACGCAGGAAGUGAUGUACAGCUAGUUCCGUCCGGGAGAGUUCAGAGAGGAGGCAUCGUUGUGUACUGAUGUUGCAGGAUUACACAGUAGUGAAGAAGACAUCCAAGGAGUGUGAGGCACCCAGCAACCACAAACAUGUAUCAGGAGGACUGAGCAGGACACAGAGCCCCAUCACGGUGCCUCCACCUCACUGUCUGAUACACGAGAGACACAAUGACCAGAAAAUCCUGGAACUCACCAACAACAAGAUCAUUCAGCUGCUGACUGGAGACGUGACUGCUGGGGAUGGGACAUUAUACAGUAACUCCAGGGAGGGGGAGUAUAUAGAGGAACACAGGGGUCUGUACAAGGACGUGAUGAUGGAGACUCACCGGCCCCUCACAUCACUGGAUGGACCCAGUAACAGAGAUACCCCAGAGAGAUGUCCACACCCUCUGUAUUCCCAGGAUUGUACAGUGGAAAAUCACAGGAUCCCACGGGAUGAUCAGGGAGAACAUUUGACUGAUAAGAAGGUCCAUAAUAUACAGGGAGAAGACGAGACAUAUGUCACUGAUAUAAAGGCAGAAGAUAUAGAGGGAGAAGAAGAGAUGUAUGUGACUGAUAUGAAGGCAGACGAUAUAGAGGGAGAAGAAGAGACGUAUGUAACUGAUAUGAAGGCAGAAGAUAUAGAUGGAGAAGAAGAGACUUAUGUGACUGAUAUGAAGGCAGAAGAUAUAGAGGGAGAAGAUGAGACGUAUGUAACUGAUAUGAAGGCAGAAGAUAUAGAGGGAGAAGAAGAGACUUAUGUGACUGAUAUGAAGGCAGAAGAUAUAGAGGGAGAAGAUGAGACGUAUGUAACUGAUAUGAAGGCAGAAGAUAUAGAGGGAGAAGAUGAGACGUAUGUAACUGAUAUGAAGGCAGAAGAUAUAGAGGGAGAAGAAGAGCCGUAUGUGACUGAUAUGAAGGCAGAAGAUAUAGAGGGAGAAGAAGAGACGUAUGUGACUGAUAUGAAGGCAGAAGAUACAGGGGGAGAAGAAGAGACGUAUGUGAGGGGUGAUCAGCAGUGUAAGGAGGAGGAAAUCCCUACAGAUAUCAGCACAGAUGGAUUUAACAGCAGGAACGUCUCAGAGGAACAUCUCGUUUUAUUUCCAGAUGGUAAUAUAAAAGAUGUUGACUUCACCCGAGAUUCUCCCAAAGAAACCCCUCUUACCCCAGUUAUACAUCCAGCACUUUAUAGUGCAGAUAUCUCUAAUCAUGGGGAAUGUGCUCCUAAUAACUCUAAUGUUGGUACAUCAGUUACAUCUCCUACAGAAGAUGCUGUAUGCGAUUGUUCUUUAGAUGCCAAAUGUUUUUCACAGAACACACAUCUUUUUACCCAUCAGCCAGCUAAGGCAAGUGAGAGGCCAUUUCCAUGUUCUGAGUGUGGGAAAUGUUUUACACAUAAAUCAAAUCUUAAGGCACACCAGAGAAGUCACACAGGUGAGAAACCAUUUCCAUGCUCAGAGUGUGGGAAAUGUUUUACACAGAAAUCAAAUCUUGUUAAACAUGAAAGAAGUCACAAAGAUGAGAAAGCAUUUCCAUGCUCAGAGUGUGGGAAAUGUUUUACACAGAAAUCAAAUCUUGUUAAACAUGAAAUCAGUCACACAGGUGAAAAACCAUUUCCAUGCUCUGAGUGUGGGAAAUGGUUUAUGCACAAAUCAGAUAUUGUUAUUCAUCAGAGAAGUCACACAGGUGAGAAACCAUAUCAAUGCUCUGAGUGUGGGAAAUGUUUUACUCAGAAAUCAAGUCUUGUUACACAUCAGAGACAGCACACAGGUGAGAAACCAUUUCAGUGUUCUAAGUGUGGGAAAAGUUUUAGAUACAAAUCAGAGCUUGUUGUACAUGAGAGAAGUUACACAGGUGAGAAACCAUUUCCAUGCUCUGAGUGUGGGAAAUGUUUUCUACACAAACCAGAUCUUGUUAAACAUCUGAGAAGUCACACAGGUGAGAAGCCAUUUCUAUGUUCAAAAUGUGGAAAAUGUUUUACAGAUAAAUCACAACUUGUUACACAUGAGAUGAGUCACACAGGUGAGAAGCUAUUUCAAUGUUCUCAGUGUGGGAAAUGUUUUAGACAGAAAUCAGAGUUUGUUAAACAUCAGAGAAGUCACACAGGUGAGAAACCAUAUCAAUGCCCUGAGUGUGGGAAACGCUUUACACAGAAAUCAAAUCUUAAUACACAUGAGAGAAGUCACACAGGUGAGAAACCAUAUCAAUGCCCUGAGUGUGGGAAACGGUUUACACAUAAAGGAAAUCUUGUUACACAUCAGAGACAUCACACAGGGGAGAAACCAUUGCUAGUCUUUAUUACACGUCACACAUUCUGUAUUCUCACUGAUUCACUGAAGAUAGACAUGGACAGGAGUCACAGGACUGAAAGGAUAAUAACUAUCACCCUGGAGAUCAUCUACCUGCUGACUGGGGAGGAUUGCACAGUAGUGAAGAAGACAUACAGUGAGCGUGAGACACCCAGCAGCCGUCCCCGUGUUUCAGAAGGACUGAGAAGGACCCACAGUCUCAUCACGGUGCCUCCACCUCACUCACUGAUACAUGAGAGACACAAUGACCAGAAGAUCCUGGAACUCACCAACAAGAUCAUUCAACUGCUGACUGGAGAGGAGGGGGAGUAUAUAGAGGAACACAGGGGUCAGUACAAGGACGUGAUGAUGGAGAAUCACCGGCCCCUCACAUCACUGGAUGGACCCAGUAACAGAGAUACCCCAGAGAGAUGUCCCCGUCCUCUGUAUUCCCAGGAUUGUACAGAGGAGAAUCACAGGAUCCCACAGGAGGAUCAGGAUGAAGAUCUGACUAAUAUUAAGGUAGAAGAUAUAGAGGGAGAAGAAGAGACGUGUGUGAGUUAUAUGAAGGCAGAAGAUACAGAGGGAGAAGAAGAGACGUAUGUGACUGAUAUGAAGGCAGAAGAUAUAGAGGGAGAAGAAGAAGAGACGUAUGUGACUGAUAUAAAGGCAGAAGAUAUAGAGGGAGAAGAAGAGACGUGUGUGACUGAUAUGAAGGCAGAAGAUACAGAGGGAGAAGAAGAGACGUAUGUGACUAUUAUGAAGGCAGAAGAUGCAGAGGGAGAAGAUGAUACGUAUGUGACUGAUAUGAAGGCAGAAGAUACAGAGGGAGAAGAAGAGACGUAUGUGACUAUUAUGAAGGCAGAAGAUACAGAGGGAGAAGAAGAGACGUAUGUGACUGAUAUGAAGUUAGAAGAUACAGAGGGAGAAGAAGAGACGUAUGUGACUGUUAUAAAGGCAGAAGAUAUAGAGGGAGAAGAAGAGACGUAUGUGAGGGGUGAUCAGCAGCGUAAGGAGGAGGAAGUCCCUACAGAUAUCCGCACAGGAGAUGGAUGUAAUAGCUGGAAUGUCUCAGAAGAUCAUCUCGUUUUAUUGCCAGAUGGUGAAGUAGAAAAAAAAUCUGUCACCCAAGAUUCUCCAGAAGAAACCCAUAUUGCCCCAGUUAUGCAUCCCACACAUCACGGUGCAAAUAUAUUAUCUGAUCCGUCUGAUCGUGGGGAAUGUUCUGAUAACCAUAAUAUUUAUGCAUCUGUUACAGCCCUUACAUUAGUUACAGUGUUGCCCUCUACUAUAGACGCCAGAUAUUUUACACAGAACACAAAGCUUAUUACCCAUCUGCCAGGUGAGAGGCCAUUUCCAUGUUCUGAGUGUGGGAAAUGUUUUAGAUAUAAAUCAAAUUUACUUAUACAUGAGAGAAUUCACACAGGUGAGAGGCCAUUUACAUGUCCUGAGUGUGGGAAAUGUUAUACUCACAAGUCGGCUCUUGUUACACAUUAUAGAAGUCACACAGGUGAGAAGCCAUAUCCAUGCUCUGAGUGUGGGAAAUGUUUUACAGAUAAAUCACAUCUUGUUACACAUCAGAGAAGUCACACAGGUGAGAGGCCAUUUUCAUGUGCUGAAUGUGGGAAAUGUUUUACACAGAAAUCAAUUCUUGUUAGACACCAGAGACGUCACACUGGAGAGAAACCAUUUCCAUGUCCUGAGUGUGGUAAAUGUUUUGCAGUGAAAUCAUCUAUUGUUAGACAUAUGAGAAAUCACACAGGUGAGAAGCCAUUUUCAUGCUCGGAGUGUGGGAAAGGUUUCACACAGAAAUCAGUUCUUGUUAUACACGAGAGAAGUCACACAGGUGAGAAACCAUUUCCAUGUCCUGAUUGUGGGAAAUGUUUUACACAGAAAUCACAUUGUGUUAUCCAUCAGAGACUUCACACCGGUGAGACACCGUUUCCAUGUCCUGAGUAAGUGGGGAAACUCAGAUGAUACCUUGUGUGUUUGGAAGUGAAAAUAUUUUAUCUAAAAAAAAUAUAUAUCAGUUAGCAUAGUAUUUCUCAUGUCACUGGCUGUUUAUUGACCUAAUUAUUUUAUCAAUAUAAUAAAACAUCACAAUGAAACCAUCAAAUUUAUAAAAUAAA